AUGGGAAACGUAGACUUUGACUCUACAAUGUGGUCAAGUGAAUAUAAGGGCAUGUUUCCUGAUGCUGCUAAUGAUCUUGGUUGUUGGGUUGAAGAAGUGAUGAAGACAAUAAACUGUGAUGAAGAUAGCCAUAUUACAUUAGGCAAGUUCAAGAAACCAAACAAAGACGUUUUAGUAAAGCACAUUUUUGAUGCGUUCCAGGGUAUUGUUGAAUAUAAGGAUCUCUUCCUAAAAGCGACAACAAAAUUAGACGAAAUCAAAAGUGACAUGAUUAAUUCUCAGAAAUCAGUAAUUCAGUUACAAGGGGAAAUUUUUGACAUGAAUACUAAAGAGCUAGAUUCGCUCCAGAGUACUGUUAAAACCGAUGUAGAGAAUAUUGUUCAAGCUAAGAUCCAGUCUUACAGUGCUGUUGUGUCAAAACAUUCCCCCAGUAUGUACAGCUCUGUCCCUACUUUGAGAAGCUUUAUAUGGUGGUUAAGGCGGUUCAACCCGGCGGUUGUGUACAAGGCUAUUGAGCAUCCUGGACCUUGUCUGGAACUAAGGAUGAGGAAGAAGGGCUGGAAACAGCAUGCUGGCCAGUACGUGUUCCUGCAAUGUAGUGAGUUGUCUAUAUUUGAGUGGCAUCCCUUCACCCUAACUACAGCUCCCGAAGAGGACUAUCUCUCCGUGCAUAUCAGGAAAUCGGGUGACUGGACAGCUUCCCUACUGAAAGCUGUAGCCGGUCAUUCUAAAGACAAGACUACCAAAGAGGGAAAGAGAGCAGAGCUUAACUUUAAGAUAGCAGUUGAUGGACCUUAUGGGACACCAUCGGACGACAUAUUCAAGUACAAGACUACGGUUUCAAUUGGAGCUGGAGUCGGAGUAACACCGUAUGCAUCCAUAUUAAAAUCAGUGUGGUGA